UAUCUAGAAAAUCACCUAGUCCAACUCACGGUUGGCUUGAGGAAUGGCGAGGAGCAGCUGGUGGUUCGGUGAUGGGUUGCCGUUCGGAACGAGGGCUGUCCGUUGGAGCUCCGGCGAGGUUCGGCAGUAACCAGACCUGCAGCAAAACAGAGGAGGCAGCAGAUGGCUCUGUUCGGGCGUGCAGCAGCAAGCAGAGGAGCAGCAACGUCGGGUGCAGGGACGUCGGGCUACUGGGACUGAUUCAGGUUGAGGCCGAGCACCAGUGGAGAGCUCCCGGAGGUACGGUGAUGGUCCGGCAGAGGUGGCGUCUCACGGGUGUGUGGCAGCUCGAUUCCGACGUCGCGGGUCAGCAGUGGAUUCGUCGGUUGCGGGGGACGCCAGUGAGAGGACGACGGGCUUCGGGGCGGCGAGCUGCGCGGGUCGGCAGGGCGUCGGGGGAAGUGAGCAGCGCGGGUCUGCCUGGCUUCGGGGCGGCGAGCGACGUAGCAGAGACAACAGAACAGGGGAGUUGCUUGGGAGGAACUCAGAUCAGCACAGGAGCAGCUUCGUCGGGCGAAGUAAGGGUGUGGCGCGCGUCGGCGGACGGCGGCACAGCAAGGCGGCAGCGAGCAACGGGGGUGAGGCGUCACGGGCUUCGGCUGCAGGCGGUGUCGGCGCGAUGAGCAGGUACGGCGUCGACGUUCGUGGGUCAGGCGGAAAUGAAGCUGAGGCGUUGCUGGUGCUUGGGCGCAAGGCUGGCAGAGCGCGGCGAGGACAGGGGAGCGCGAACGGAUGCCGGCGGGACUGCGAGCGAGGCAGACGGCGGGCGCGGCGCUGGCUGGGGAGCGGUCGUGCAAUCGUGGCAGCGCAGGUGGUGCAGACGCAGUGGGCAACAGCGGGCACCGGCGGCUUCGGAGAAGACGGACUGUAGCCCCUUUUUCUUUUCUUUUUUUUUUGUUUUUCUCCCUGCUCUCACGUCUCUCUCUCUCUCACAUCACUU